AUGCGGAAUCAAAUCCGUCAACGAAAAUUGUUUACUCACCGUGAGAGUAAGCGUGGCGGCGACCGUCUGGCGACGCCGCGGAUGUCGCUACUGGGCAAGCCGCUCAGUUACCGCGCCACGCGACGCGACGCGCGAUACAGACGCCUCCAAUCAAAGUUCUACAACUUCCUUGAACGGCCUAGGGGUGCGAAGGCUGUCCUCUAUCAUAUGAUUGUGUUCCUGAUGGUGUUCAUGUGUCUAUCGCUGUCAGUAUUUUCAACAAUCGAAGAAUACGAAGCAAAAGCAGGCAUUGUACUGUUCUACAUGGAGACUGUAGUUGUCGUCUGGUUUGCCAUCGAAUUUGUUUUAAGGCUAUGGUCAUCAGGAUGCAGGUCACGUUAUCAAGGAUCAAUUGGACGUCUAAAGUUCUUAAAACGACCUUUUUGUAUAAUAGAUGUAACAACAAUCAUGGCGUCACUGGUGGUGCUGGGAAUGGGUUCAUCAGGGCAAGUCUUCGCUGCAUCAGCACUACGUGGCUUGCGCUUUUUCCAAAUAUUGCGCAUGGUGCGGAUGGAUCGGCGCGGCGGCACAUGGAAAUUACUUGGCUCCGUAGUAUAUGCACAUCGUCAGGAAUUAAUAACUACAUUAUACAUAGGAUUUCUCGGUCUUAUAUUUGCAUCAUUUUUAGUUUAUUUAGCUGAAAAAGACGUCGCCGACACAAAGUUUAAAAAUUUUGCGGAGGCUCUUUGGUGGGGUGUGAUCACGCUGUGCACGGUGGGGUAUGGCGACAUGGUGCCACAAACCUGGCAAGGGAAAUUCAUCGCCUCCUUCUGUGCACUAUUGGGAAUAUCAUUCUUCGCUCUACCCGCUGGUAUUUUAGGUUCAGGCUUUGCGCUUAAAGUGCAACAACAACAACGACAGAAGCAUAUGAUCAGAAGGCGUCAGCCUGCUGCGAGCCUGAUACAAGCCUUGUGGCGAUGCUAUGCUGCCGAUGAACAUUCCAUGAGUAUUGCGACGUGGAAGAUGCAUCAAAUUCCUCUUCCGAGUCCACAAGCAAGUCGGGUUAUGAGCGCUUCAUUCAAGAACAAUGCGUCCUUUGUAUCGAGGCUGCCGACAAUCCGUCGACACAAAAGUACUUCGUUGCAUUCCCCUGCGCCGCACUCCAAGCCCGCGCAUCGAUACGACGUCAACGCUAGUGCUGAAAAUCUCGAUGAGGACGAGGAACCCCGUUGUGUGACGUUAACUCCGCGACAUAAAGCUGCCAUCCGAUUCAUAAGGAAGAUGAAGUAUUUUGUGGCUCGACGCAAGUUUAAGGAAGCGCUUAAGCCAUACGACGUAAAGGAUGUAAUAGAACAGUAUUCAGCGGGCCACGUGGACCUGUUGGGGCGAGUGAAAAACCUCAAGUACUUUGUCGCGCGCAAGAGAUUUAGAGAAGCAUUGAAACCUUACGACGUGAAAGAUGUGAUAGAACAGUACUCCUCCGGGCACGCCGAUCUGCUAAACCGAACCAAGAACCUGCAGUACAGAUUAGACCAAAUUCUUGGGAAGCAAGGUUCGAAGGCCAAAGACGUAUAUGCAUCCAAAAUCAGCCUAGCUUCCAGAGUAGUUAAAAUUGAAAGACAGGUAGAUGACAUAGAAAGUAAGAUAGAUCAUUUAUUAGAGAUGUAUGAAGAAGAUAGAAAAUUAGUGAGAAGAAUCGACAACAGUGCUAACGGUGGAGCAGAUAGCGGGGCGUCCGGAGAAGCGACACUGCGAACGCGACCGGCCAUCGCAGACAAACAAUCAUCGGAGCCCAACUCCCCCGUGUCCCGUACAUUCGAGCCAUCCGGCGGCGGCUCUGCCGCGCCCGCUCCGCUUCAUAAACGUCCCAUGAACCGGGGCUAUUCUGAUUUAGGGACGAGAUUUAUGCGCAAGAAAGUAAUUGUAAAGACAUCAUCAAAUCGUAACGGUGAAUCACCUCGCGAUGAUGAAGUAGUUAUCGUAGUACCAACCGAUAGAGAGGACACACCACCGCGCCAUGCUACAGACAGCUCAGAGGUUUGCGCAAGUUGCUCUAUAGAAGUUGAGACGGAAGCGGAGGCUGGUGGCACGCGAUCAGGGAGCUCAGGCUCGCCGUCUUGGUGUGAGGGUGAGGGAGAAGCAGGUGACGAGCGUGGAUACGGAUCUGGAGAUUCACUCGCCGAGGAUACGGCACUAUUGGGCGCUGCGCAGAGCGGACCUCCUCCGAGACUUCUUCGCACACAAAGAAGAGACGUUGCCGUAGAUCUGCACCUGCUUAGGCCUGAUGUAUGA